UCCUCGGCGAAUGCGCUCUUAUCACUUGAAUCUCCGCACCAGCUCUGGAUGUAAACUUUCAGAAUUUAAGAAAACAGCCACCUCGCGCACUCGCCACGUCACGUCUGCGUCCAAUCAUGUGGCUGGUCUGGGUUUUUCUGAUUGUCUCUGGCUUUGUCUGGCUGGCCGAGGGGUCAUGCUAUAACGUCCUCCAACCCCCAAGGAAUCUGAACGGAUGUGUUGAUGAUGAAGGUCACGUGACAGGCCUGGGAAAGACGAAGUUUGACUACGACACGUGUUUUAGGUGUACUUGUGUCCGGGGCGCCCUCAACUGCUGUGGAUUCGGCUACAGAGCUGGAAUCAUGAACCUACCCGGAUGUAGAAUGAAAAGACUGCCUCGUUGUGAGUUUACCUUUGUGAGUGUCCUGGACGGGGUAUCACAAUGCGGGACAUUACACCGGAACUAACUUGGACGCAUGCCUGAAUAAAAAACUUGUUUAAAUUUUUGUCUGGACAGUGUCAAUGUCAAAUCUGCUCAAAUUGUGAAGACAGAAGGACUCUUGUUUACAACAGGACAACGAGGUCCGUGGAUGUAUGGCUCGUCACGACCGGUCAGAUCCCUAACGAUUCCGAGUUUGUACAUUCGAAUAUUAAUCAUAUUCAAACAUAUAUAUCAUCCCUAAACGUUUCUGUAAUGAAAUAAAACAGACACGUUUAUAAAUCAA